GUUGAUUUCGAAAUGGCGUGGUCAUUCGCAGCGCUUUGGAGCUGUAUGUGGUGGCUAGCUGUGGCUGCCGCGAACACACUUCCACCGUUCUAUGGAUUUCGCUUCGAAACGCCAGCUCCGACGGCAUCGCUAAUGUCAGCAGUUGUGGAUCAAGCCAGGAGCCAUGCUUGCUUCGGAUGGGUACAGACCACGGCACAGGAGCACCUUGUGGGCGAAGUGCGGUGUCGCGGACAGCACGGAACUGCCAUGCAGACAUGGAUAGAAUCAUCGCAUCCCCAGGCACGUGUUCACGUGUACGAGUCGACCAAGAUUCGCUAUCACUUCACAUCGUUUCGGGUGCUGGAGGCAUCUCGCCGCACAUGUUUCCAGUCAGCGCCCCACGCAUGUGCCUCUCUCAACUCUUAUGCGACCGUCAAAGACGAGCUUUAAUACAACUAACUGUAUCGCACGAAAUCACAACAUGUAUUCCAAUGGUGAUGUGCGAAAGUUAGC